ACGCAGUGCAGUGAGAGCGAACCGGCAUGUCAGCGGUUGCUUUGUUUUUGUUUACAAACAUUGCCGCUGCAGUACCAGACCGUUCAGUUUCGUGAAAAGUGCUCCAAAAAGCACACCCACACCAUGGAAUCGGUCCAGCUAAUCUGCCGCGGCCCCUGCGGCAAGCCGUUUCACGCCCUCUGCGACGAAUGCUUCCUCGGGUCCCUCACGCAGAAAACGCUCCAGUCCCUGACCCGGCGGAUCGAUUCCAUCGACGAAACGCUGCGCAAUCUGUCCACGCUGCUCGUGCCGCUGCUUGCCAUGACCGCCCAGCAGCGCGAGCUGCACCUGCCGACGGAACUUUGGGAGCAGAUCUUCCAGCACCUGGGCGGCCGCCAGUUGGCACGGGUCCGCGCGACCUGUCGCCGCUGGCGGGACGUCGUGGACGGGUGUCCCCGGCUGGCGGGGAAGUUUGUGGUGAAGCUUCCGCCGGAUACGCUCGUGGACGAGCACUACGAGCCGGGUCACGUUAUGGGGAGUGCUGCGAGGGUGGCGCUGGAGAAGGUGGAGAUUGUCGGGGUUGGGUUCUGGUGGAGGUCGUUGGGCGAGCGACUGACGUCGCUGAGUCUGAACAAUUGCAAGCUGUCGCUGCCGAUUCUGCUGGGGAUGCUGAAGUUUACGCCGAACUUGAAGAGUUUGGAGCUGAGGACGAAGUUUUGCUUUGCGACUGCGGUGGGGGAUGCUUCCGAUGGCGUUAAGUUGACCAAGUUGGAGGAACUUACGCUGCUUAGUGCGAAGAACGUAACGCUGUUUGGUCCGCUUUGUCCUCGGUUGAAGCGGUUCCGGAUUCUGGCGAAUUUGCAGCGAGGGGAUGAUGAUCGGAACGUGGCCCAGUUCCUGCAGGCGGUUCAGCAUACGGUGGAGGAUGUUGACGUCUAUCUUACGGCUGACCUGUUGAGAUACGUCACUGAGAUUGAGCAGCUUCAGUUGAAGCGGAUCAGCUUCCGGUGCAUAUCCAGGUUGGAGGAGCUUCCACUUGUAAGCUUUUGUCAAGCUCAAUGGUCUAUUGAAGAUCUGGGAAUCGAACGCUUUGGGACGACGAAUGCCACCCUCUGCCUCAUCGGAACCAGCCUGCCCAAGCUGUCCCGCAUCACUGUCCGCAUCACCGACGACGGAACCGUCCUACCAUCCUUCGUCAACACGAUGCCCCGACUCAAACACCUCAAAAUCAACGGCAACUCCAAACUCUUCAUGACCUUCGGAACGCUCCAAAGCCCGCACCUCACCCAACUCCACCUGCACGACGUUCGCCUCGCCCAGAACGGCCUGAAACCCUACCUGCGCAAAUGCCCGACGAUCCGCGCCAUCAUCCUCGAGUACUGCACCUUCGACAACUGGUCCGAGGUGUUCGGUCCGCUCGAGCAACUUCCCACCCUGCGUCACCUGGAGCUGGUGGGAAUCGUGGUGAAGAACAACAUCGGAGGUCCCACGGCCGGAUGCUUCGCCGGGUUGAGGAGCCUGAAGCUGUCCUACCUGGCCGGUGGGGACAUGAGUCACCGGAUGCUGGCGGCACUGCUGGGGCAGUGUGGCCAGCUGGAGGAGGUGCACCUGACGGACCGCGUGGACGAUGAGAUGGUGCGGAUUGUGGGCGGAUCGGUGCGGGCGCUGAGGAGACUUACGAUGGAUCGGUGCGUUUGUUUGACGGAUGCCUCGGUGGAGCACGUCGUGAAGAGCUGCGCGAAGCUGGAGCAGCUGGUGGUGCGGGACUGUAUGCGGAUCACGAGGAGUGGAUUGAGUGUGCUGAAGAGAAGGUUUCCGACGGUUCUCGGCGUGAAUGACUAGAAUAUGGUUAGAUUUAGCUGAGUUUGAGGAACUCAACAAAAUUGUAAAUAGAUGGUACUUGAAGAAUUUAAAACCAAUUGUAAAUAAAAAAAACAAAAAUAAUCAAUUUUUCAAUAGAAAAAAAAAUAUGAAGUCAAAUUUACAGGAACAUUAUAAAGAACCAUUUCACAGA